AUGCAGCAUUACGGGGUUAACGGUUACUCUUUACACGCGAUGAACUCACUCAGCGCUAUGUACAACUUGCACCAGCAGGCAGCGCAGCAGGCGCAGCACGCGCCGGACUACCGGCCAUCGGUGCAUGCGCUCACCCUUGCUGAGAGACUGGCCGGUUGCACAUUUCAAGACAUCAUCCUUGAGGCCCGCUAUGGCUCCCAGCACAGAAAGCAGCGGCGCAGUCGCACAGCUUUCACUGCUCAGCAGUUGGAGGCGCUGGAGAAAACAUUCCAGAAAACACACUAUCCCGACGUGGUGAUGCGUGAGCGCCUUGCCAUGUGUACCAACCUGCCAGAGGCCCGUGUGCAGGUGUGGUUCAAGAACCGUCGUGCCAAGUUCCGUAAGAAGCAGCGCAGUCUGCAGAAGGAGCAGCUCCUGAAACAGAAGGAAGCCGUGACCGAGGAGUCAAAAGAGGAGGGGAAGUGUGAGGCACCUCCCAAUGUGGAGAGUGAAGGUCAAAGCCCUGCCUUGACCACUGACACGGAGCAACCAGCGAGACCGGUAGCAGCAGAGCUGAGCAUAGAAGUGAACGUUACCUCGCCGGAACAUUCUGGAGCGGAAUCCGCGGCAGAGGACAUCUCAGACCGAGAGGACGAUCCGCAAAACUUCAGAGAGGAGGCGAAUGGUGAAGCCAUCUCCACGCCUGGAAAUGAAUCACCAUCACAACAUCUCAGUCCCAAAUCAGAUUCUCCUCCGCUCAGCACUACUGUGCUCCCUUCUUCCAGCGGCGUCACAAGUGGGAUCCCUCAGAGUAACUCCUAUGCCUCCUCCCCACUUAGCCUCUUCCGGCUACAGGAGCAGUUCCGCCAACACAUGGCCGCCACCAGUAACCUGGUUCAUUAUCCAUCCUUCGACAUGGGUACUCCGUCCUCAUUGCCAUAUUUGGGCAUGAAUGUGAAUAUGGCAGCUCCUCUGGGUUCCAUACCUUGCCAGUCUUAUUACCAAUCCCUGUCACAGGCUCAGCAAGUAUGGACUAGUCCACUCCUCCAGGCCACAGGCACUCUACCAAGCCUUAACAGCAAGACCACCAGCAUCGAGAACUUGCGUCUUCGCGCAAAGCAGCAUGCUGCAUCUCUGGGCCUGGACAGUCUACCAAACUGA